GGUUCCUGUCCUCGUAGGAAACGGGGUCGCGCUACUUAAGGAGCAGCUGCCUGGGCUGCAGCUGGAGUGUCUGACAGCGGUGCCUGCUGUUCACUGACCAUGUGCUCCCGGAGCUGCGCCCAGUGCAUCGGCUACACCUUGAUACCUCUGGCCGUGUGCUGCAUCGUCGCCAACAUCUUGCUCUACUUCCCCGAUGGAGACGCCACGUAUGUCAAAGACGGCCAUCUCGCGACGUACGUCUGGUUCUUCGCUGGGAUAGUCGGAGGAGGGGUGCUGAUGUUCCUGCCCGCGGGCGUGUUCAUCUGCUUGGGCGACUACGAGUGCUGCGACUGCUGCGGACACCGUGGCUGUGGAGAAUGUUGCGCGAUGCUGGGCUCGAUCUUGGUGGCUCUGAUUGGAGCACUGGGGUCUGCAUACUGCUUUAUUGUCUCUGCAAUCGCCCUGACAAUUGGACCACUCUGCUACACACAGCAAAACUGGAAGUACCCUUUCGAAAAUGAAACUGGAGAGUAUCUGACAAACUUCAACAGCUGGAGCACCUGUGAAAAGCCCAAGAACGUGGUAGUGUGGAAUGUCUCCCUGUUCUCCAUCCUCCUGGGGCUCAGUGGCAUCGAGUUCCUCAUGUGCGCCAUGCAGGUCAUCAACGGGCUCGUUGGCGCCAUCUGUGGGCCGUGCUGCAACAGACAGCAGUACGCCAUGAACAAGGCAUGAAGACGCAGGCUCUGCGCGCUGGCGGCUGAGUUCUGACAGCAGUGUUCUCUGUCCCUCUCCCCUCUCAGCCUCCCUCGGGUAAUAGCUGAACAAAGGUGUAUAAAACGUUUUUGGGGAUAUUUGACUUUAUCUUGUCUUUCCUCUCAAAAAACCUUAAUAUUUUAUUUUCCAGCAAAUGCAAAAAAAAAUGCCAUUUCAAAGGAUAUUGUUUUUCCAAUAGGUGCGGUUUAGGAGCAGUCAGUUUUGCGAAGGAUAGCCUUUGUGAGCCUGAGCAGCGCUGUGGUCUUGUCCUGUGGUCUCAGUGUACAUUUAUGGCUUUGCAGGUGAAGCAAUUGACUGAUUAUCGCACCCCAAGAACUGCUUAGUAUGUAGAGGCAAGUUGCAUGCAGAAUUAGUUUUUUUAGAAGCACCAGUUACAAAAAGUCUGAACUGUACCAGUUCUCACAAUGUUUAAACGGUUAUAGUCAAGGAUUCAGAAUAAGAUGAUUGGGGCCUCUCUGCUAGGAAUGUGGAUGUCAGUACGGCACACCACUGACAUGUCUAAAAUCUCAUGGUAAUUCAAGAUCAUCAGGGCGGAUGACCAAAUGAACGAUGACAUCAUAGAUGUGAGCUGUAUAAAAUGAAACUCACGAGGUUGUCGAAAGAGGAAAAUGCCGUGUUGUGUAAAUACUGGUGUAGCAGCAAAUGAUUUAUUUUAAUGAGAGGAUGGUAGACGUGAUUGUCAUGGACUGGUGUAACUCCUACUUGAAUACUGAGGCAUUUCAAGGUCAGGUGUAGCACAUGGACAGUUAUAGUUCGCAGAGAUUUAGUAUAAUUUAAUCUGGUUCUUUUAAGAAGGUAGGGCUUUUACAUCAGAUUAUAAAAUGUAACAGGCAUGUGUGCAAGUGUAGCAUCUGUUUUGUUUAACAUUUUGUACAUGUAUUUGAUUAUGCGCUUAUUUUCUGUUCAGUAUUUUUUGUAAAGUAAUAUAUAGAUGGUUUAUGUUACAGUUCUUUUUCACCUUUUCAGAACAAACAGGGAACAACGGUAUAUUGUAAAUUAUUUUAAUAUCCAUUAUUUUGAUAUAAAUGCAAAUGAAUUACAUGAGAAUGUGUUUAAGG